AUGAGUGCCACCAUCACUCUACUGAGUGAUUCUCUGAGUGCCCAAAUCAUUGUUCCUAUCACUGAUGAGGAAAUUAAUGAGGCUUUGUUCAGCAUUGGAGAUGAGAAAUCUCUUGGACCUGAUGGGGUAGAUUUCUCAGAUACAGUGAAGGAAUUCUUUGAAAGUGGAAAGUUACUUAAGCAGAUCAACCAUACCAGCAUUGCCCUUAUUCCUAAGACAAACCAUGCUGCUGUGCUGAAGUUCCCCUCUGUUAUGAUAUGGUGGAUUAUGGAGUGUGUCACUACCACUGCCUAUUCUAUCUCCCUGAAUAGCAGGCUUCAUGGCUUCUUUAAAGGAAAAAAAGGUCUCAGACAAGGGGAUCCUUUAUCUCCACUCCUGUUUGUCAUUUGUCUAGAGUACCUUUCCAGACUGCUGAAAGUGGUAGAAAGGAAACCAGAGUUCCACUUUCAUCCGAAGUGUGAAAGUCUGAGAAUUACUUAUUUGGCUUUUGUAGACGAUGUAAUGCUCUUCUCAAUAGGGGACAGUUCUCUGUUAUUUGUAAAUUGGCUGAAAUCAAAUAUGUUCCAUGCUAGAGUGAAGGAGCAGGAUUUAGAGGAUCUGUUACAGUUAUCUAAGAUGAGUAAUGGGAUUUUUCCUUUCAGAUAUUUGGUUAUCCCAUUAGCUGCCUCUAGACUAAAUUGUACUCAUUAUGCUCCGCUACUUGCCAUAUUUCCUAUUCCAAAGAAUGUUCUUGAGAAGAUAGUGAAACUUUGUAGGGUGUUCCUGUGGGGUGGGAAAAGGAAGCCCAUGGUUGCUUGGAGGGAAGUUUGCCUCCCUAAAUCUGAAGUAAAGCUAGGAGUGUUUGACUUGAAUGCUUGGAACCUUACUCUUCUUACGAAACUCUUUGGAAUGUUCAUUCAAAGAAGGAUUCGCUAUGGAUAA